UCCUCGAGUUCAACUGUAGGCCACGCCCUCUCCGCGUCUUCGCGUCACGUAACGACGUACAGACUCGGAAGUAGAAGAGCUUCACUACUCUUCUGUUGGACUCUCCGCGUACAUCCAUUCCUCAGGUUUGUGAAGAUGGGCGCGCUUUCUAAGGAGUAUGGAUACGUGGUGCUGACUGGCUUCGCCAGCAUGAUCAUGGUGGGACACCUGGCCUUUAAAGUGGGCGCAGCCCGCAAGAAGUACGGCGUAAAGUGUCCUCAGAUGUACAGCGAUGACCCGGAGAACGGACACAUCUUCAACUGCAUCCAGAGAGCCCACCAGAACACCCUGGAACUAUACCCAGCCUUUCUGUUCUGCCUCGCUGUCGGGGGAAUGCACUGCCCUUGUCUCACCAGUGGACUUGGAGCUGUGUGGAUUAUCAGCAGAGAGGUGUACGCGCACGGAUACUCCACAGGAGAGCCCAAGAAGAGAAUGCGGGGAGCUUUUGGGAAUCUGGCUUUACUGGGUAUGAUGCUGACCACAUUCAACUUUGGCCGCCAUCUCCUGGGCUGGUGCCCACCAGGGUUCGGACCUCUGCGGUCUAAAUGCUGUCACUAACCAGGACGAAGACUGUAAUACUGCCUAUGUGCAACCACUAUGACUCUAAUCACUGCAGCUGAGCUGUGUAACAGGUCAGGAUCACGUUUAGUGACCCGGCUGGUUUUUCCUGAAACAACGUGCUGAAUGUGUUUGCUCGUAGUGCCUCUUCCACUUUUGCAUCGACAAAAUGAAAGAUAUGUAACAAUUAUGUUCAUGUAAAAUGAGUCAGUUGUUGAUUUCUUGAAGUAAAAUCCUGUAUAAUCCA